UUUGUUCGUAAUAAUAUUUAUUUAUUGUGGAGUAUAGCUGGUGUGAUGGUUGAAUCACGUGACUUUUACGCCUAUGACUAUUGAGUAAGUUCUUCGGAAGGUUAGUAAGUAAUCCCGAGAUGAACAAGCCCGGGCUGAAAAACUCGUUAGUUUAGGCAAAAAAUAUGUAUGCAUUGGUUGUCGUUUAAGACAUAUAGCAAAUAAAGUCCAUAUAGAAACAGCAGGCAGACCACGGUUCUGCUGUCAACAGUGAAUCACUUUGCAAAAUUAUGGUCAUACGGUAAGCACCCAAACGCAAAACUGUUCAAUCUAAACAAUGCCCAAAUCUAGCAGGAAAGUUCUCCAAACGGAAAUCAGUUUCACCAAACAUUCAGCUUCUGGGCGGAACAACAAGGCAAGUGUAUAAACCAAAGCAUACGUCUAGUGCAUAACCACAACCGAUAGCCGGUAAACACCAACCAGCAGGCAUUGCACACGCAUCGGCCAUACCAGAACCAGACACCGUCGGUUACGUUUGCAACAACGAUGAUGACCAACGACGACGACGACGACGACGGUUGGGUUGCAUUUUCCAAGGGCUGGCUGGUGGGGACCCACAACAGGAGAACCAACCCGUGCGCGCUUAGCUUACUCAGCACAACAACUUGGCAACUUAGUCCGGCGCGAACCACCGUUGACUUGAGACCAUCAAGAGCUACUACAAUCGAUGUACGGUUACGGCCUGUUCUAGAGUUGCAGUUUUGGUAAACAGUUUUUCUCGUUAGGCUUGUGACACGGCAGGCAGCCUCCCUCCUCGGUGCGAUCUAGUUUGCGAAAGUUUGCAAGAUGGAACGCAUCAGCGACAUUGGCGCUACGCCGUACGAGCCAGCCCCAAGGGGGGAAUCCCUGCGGAAGCUACGCAACGGCGGUCGGAACAGCGGGAUGGAAUCGUUGAAGUUUGCCCUCUCGAUUGUGCUCGAUUGUUUGACGUUUGUGGUGCUGGUGAUUCCCAUUUUGGUUCGGUAUGUGGUUGCCCUAUUCGUGUCGCCGCAGAAGAAGAAAAUCACCGGACAGCUGGCACUGGUGACCGGUGGAGCGAACGGACUCGGACGUGAGAUUUGUCUGCAGCUGGCAAAGGAGGGCUGUCACAUUGCGGUUAACGAUCUGGACGCCACCAACGGGGAGAAAACGGUAGAGGAUCUGCGGAAGAUGGGCGUCAAGGCGAAGUUUUUCAAGGCGGACAUUUCUAACUUCGAUGCUGUGCAGGGACUGCGCAAGGAAAUCGAAGGCAGCUUGGGACCCGUCGACAUACUGGUCAACAAUGCCGGUGUGCUUCCGCUGAUGUCGCUCCGCGAAGGAAAACCCGAAGACAUUCAGAAGGUGCUGGAAAUCAACUUGCUGUCGCAUUUCUGGACUAUCCGUACUUUCAUCGAUGGGAUGAUUGAACGCCGCAUGGGUCAUAUUGUGGCUGUUGCUUCCGUGGCUUCGUACCUCCCGCAAGGCCGAAUGAUAUCCUACGUGGCUUCCAAAUACGGGCUCCGUGGCCUGAUGGAAGCCUUCAGCGAUGAGCUGUACUACGAAGGGCUAUCGGAUCAAAUAAACACCACAAUCACAUUCCCAUUUUUCAUGCCCACCCGGAAGGAUUUAAUUGACAUGCUCUGCAAGCUGAAAAUCAUCGGUAGGGUGCCAAUUUUUGCACCGGAGAAAAUGGCACGCCGAACCGUCAAUGGGAUUCUGACCAACCGCCGACAGGUAUUUCUGCCGAAUAUUCUGAGUCCCGGAUUAAAGCAGUACGAAUUUAUUCCAAACGAUUUGAAACGAUUGGGACGUAAGCUGGUUUACCAAAGUGACAUUCCGCGGUUGAUGCCGUUGCCUUCGCAGUUCAAUAUGGCAUGAAAAGAUAAUUCCAGAAAGGAAGUGUUAAAAAAGGCAGGUGAACUAUCUAGGGGCAUUACUAGAUCUCAGAGUGGUCCAGAUUUGUAAUGGUCGAAUCUGUACAUUGAUGUGAUGAAGCUUUCAAUUUUCAAAUUAAAUACAUUGAAUAUU